AUGCAUCAAAUUCGUAUGCAUUUGAGUGAUUGGGGACAUCCAAUCAUUGGGGAUGAGUCCUAUUAUAACGAUAAGGAAUCACAGGAACAAGUAGAGGAAAAGGAAAAGGAAAAGGAAAAGGAGAGAGAAACAGUUGAGACUACUAAACAAGAUAAGAGGACAACGAUAUAUUUUCGUGUGGAGGAAUUACCCAAAACUUAUCGUGAAACUUUUUAUACACAUGAUGAUCUUUGUUGGGAAUGUUUGGGACGUAUUCCAGUGGCUUCCUUUAGUAAUAGUGUCCAAGGCGUUGUGGCUCUUCAUGCGUGGAAGUAUGAAAUGGAUCAUCACUUAUUAUUAGUGGAUGAAAAUUCUAAUUCUGCUGAUCACAAUAUGGAAAGUAGAGAAGAGAAAAAGAAAGAUUCUAGUGAUAAUAAUAAUAAUAAUAAUAAUAAUAAUAAUAAUAAUAAUAAUAAUAAUAAUAAUAAUAAGGAACACAAGGAAGAGUCAAGAGUUGAUAAAGAAAGUUCUCCAGAUCUUUGUUGUAGUUGGGAUAGUGUUCAUGAAAAAGAAGGUGGAUUUGUUUGCCGGCAAGGACAGACUGUUAUUUUCUCUGCACCUCCACCCACAUGGUCACUUUCUUGA